AUGGCGCACACUCCAGAGGAGAUUCUGGACAACCCAGAUGGAUCGUCCUUCCUUUGGAUCUUCGAACAUUGCCUUCGUUACCCCGAGACCUAUGAAAUGCCACUUCGCAACAUGUAUGCAUUGAACUGCAACCCCACGAGACAACCGCCAGUCGCGGCCGGACCACCCGAGACGGCGUUUGCCAAUCGUGCUUCCCACUCGUCAAAGUCUUCAGAGUCGUCACAGGAAGCUCCAUGGGGUCGUGACUCCGACUUUCGAGCCAUGUUGACCCACGAGAUUUCUCAGAAAGGAUCGCAACCAUGCUCGCUUCCCCCUACUUUCCUGAUUACGUUCCUUCGUCGCUGCUUUGCUACGGAGCUGGAGUUUGUCGAUUUCCCCCAGGCCCUUACUGGUCUCGACUACCUCAAAGACCUCGAGGUCCGUCGCAAGAAGGAAGUGGCGGCCGCAUUGCAGCGGUUGGAAGUCCAACCCGACGAUCUCCGCGCGAACUCGGAGUUCAGGAAGAAAUAUCCCGGCGUGGUUGCAUGGAUCGAAAGCAUGAACCUGAAGAACCGCAAGAUGGAAGCGCUCUAUACCCAGAUCUACAUUGGUCUCCGUCGUUGGACUCUGAUCAACGAGAUGCUUAUGGAGCCAUUCAAUAGAGCCAACUGCAUCGCCAUGCUUAACACCCUGUUUCCACCCGUGACCGAGGGAACCAUCACUCCCACCUCGCAGUUGACUCCCCAGAUCCUCAAGUCUCAGAGAGAUGGCUUCUUCCGGUACAUUUCGGCCAUUAACAACAACAAUGCCAAAGUGAUUCUUGACAAGGUCAUCAGCCAGGGAGCGCCAGAAGGCUCAGACAACGGAUGGCCGCUGGUGCGAGAUGCCUUGGACAAAUAUGUUCGGGCAGCUAGCGAGGUCAUCGACGAAUGUUCGACAGUUAGUGGCCCGGCUAGCUUUGACAGCCUAGACAGCUUCGACAGCUCCGAGGCCGUUGAAGACGUUCCACCCCGACACAAAGGUCGAAAGGUCGACUCAGGCAUUAGCUUUGGCUCGUCCGAAGUGUUACCCUCUCCCUCCUCAGCCAACGAUAGCGGCAGCAGGGCAGAAGACAUUCUGGAUAAGCCUCUGCCCCCGUCGCCCACCAUCGACACGCCUUCCAAAUCGGGCGGUUCUAAAUUAGAGCGGCUGGCGCGCGAAAUUCGCAAGCUCAGCGACAGCGGCAAAGUCAAGGGCUUGAAGAAAAUGAGGUCCACAAGUGCCCUUGGCGUUCGUCCGGAAAACAUCCCCGGCAAAACUGUGGAUCAUUCGUCCUUCUUUGCAAUUGACGAGCAGAAGCGCAAGAGGUUGAUUUGGGAAGCGACAAGCCGUAGAAGGCCUCAUUCCAAGCAACCCAGCGCGGACUCUCUGCAAGAAGAGUGA